CCACCCGCGACGAGAUUCCGUUCCGCCGCCGCCGCCGCCAGAAGCUGAGGAGGCGAGAGAGAGAUCAUGACGACCAUCCGCCGGUUCUGCUGCGACGACCUACUCCGCUUCGCCCCCGUCAACCUCGACCACCUCACCGAGACCUUCAACAUGUCCUUCUACAUGACCUACAUGGCUCGCUGGCCCGACUACUUCCACACCGCCGUCAACCCCGGCGACCGCGUCAUGGGAUACAUCAUGGGUAAGGUUGAAGGACAAGGAGAAUCUUGGCAUGGACAUGUUACAGCAGUGUCUGUUGCCCCAGAAUUUCGGAGACAGAAGUUAGCCAAGACGCUUAUGCACUUGCUGGAAGAAAUCAGUGAUAAGAUGGAUAAGGCUUACUUUGUGGAUCUCUUUGUAAGGGCAUCUAACAUGCCGGCGAUAAGGAUGUAUGAGAAGCUUGGCUACGUGGUUUAUCGAAGGGUGCUUCGCUACUACUCAGGCGAAGAAGAUGGUCUUGAUAUGAGAAAAGCGUUAUCACAAGACGUCGACAAGAAGUCCAUCAUACCACUGAAGAGACCGAUUACACCCGAUGAACUUGAAUAUGACUGAUGCUGAAUCUCUAAUUACCUCAGUGUUGUUCUUCGUUUUAAUCUCGAUGGCCUGUGUGCCUGUUUCACUUGUUAAAUCUAGUGUCGUUUAACUAGUGAUUGUGAUGGUUUGUUUGCACAAUCAUGUUAAGAUUCAACAUAGUUAAUUUCAAAGGUGGGAACUGUUGGUCUGGGAUGUAAUGUUUUUUUUCUGUAUUGUUUUUA